AUGGAAGGACCAAACCGCAGUGACGGGCGGCGGAGAACGCGGGGAGGGAGCCCACCCGCGAGGAGCCGUCUGCCGCGACGCAAAUGCAGCCCUGAGGAUUUGGCUACUGCAUAUAACAACAGGGGGCAAAUCAAGUACUUCAGGGUUGAUUUUUAUGAAGCCAUGGAUGGCUACACAUCUGCCAUAGAAGUCCAACCCAAUUUUGAAGUUCCAUAUUACAACAGAGGGUUGAUACUGUAUAGGCUGGGAUAUUUUGAUGAUGCUUUGGAAGAUUUCAAGAAGGUCUUAGACUUAAAUCCUGGAUUUCAAGAUGCUACUUUGAGCUUAAAACAGACUGUUCUAGACAAAGAAGAAAAACAAAGAAGAAAUGUUGAAAAAAAUUAUUGAGAUUUUUAACUUAAUGGAAGUAUUGAUUCAUGAUCCUUACAUCUGCAUCUAGUGAUCAGUAAUUUAAAAUAGAUAUUGAGCUAUUUUGAUUUAUAUUUAAGAAAUUAAUACAUUAGCACUGAAAGUUAAAUAGUGUGUUUAAGGUAAUUUCAGGUUGAAUGGAUUUUUUUUAUGAAGUGUAAAUAAUACCAAUGUAUAAGUGUAUAUUAUUAUAUUAAAUAUUACAG